AUGUAAGAGAAUUCAAAAGUGUUAAGAACUGAAACGUAAAGCUAAAAAAAUGCUUUUUUAAAUUUAUUUACUGUCUACUUCUUUUUGAAUGAAAAAAAAAAAAUCUAGCUUCAGUAAAAAGUUGCUUUUGAAGAUAUGUGGUUGGAGAGUAAGAGUGGUCAAAAUCAAACAACAAUAAAUUAAUCAAUCAAUGUGAGUACUUUUUUAAGUUAGUGA